CUUUUCCCCUUUCCUUUAUAAAACUUCAAAAUUCUCCUCCUCCUUUUAUAUUUUGCAUCUUCCACUGUUUUCUAUCAUUUAUCACUCUCACACACUCUCUCUCUCUGUAAACUCAAAUAAUCUCUGGUCUUGCCUUUCUCCGGUUUGGAUCCGAAAACCAAGAAAGACAGACAAAAUGGGUCGUGGAGUCAGUUAUGGAGGAGGUCAGAGUUCUUUAGGGUAUCUCUUUGCUGGUCCUGAGGAACCAAAAACAGCUGCACCUGCUGCAACUCCCACUGCUGCUGCUGCUCAUACCCCCCCAGUUCAGGUGGAACAAAAUGUACCUGCAGCUAACAAGUCUUCCCCUUCGCCCCCAGCAGAUAAAGCUAAGCUGGGUCCAGCAGGAGUAGUGCAGGGUUCUCUAGCCAAUAACUACUAUCGCGCUGAUGGCCAGAACACUGGCAAUUUCAUCACUGAUCGACCUUCGACUAAGGUUCACGCAGCUCCUGGUGGUGGAUCUUCCCUGGGUUACCUCUUCGGCGGAGGUGGUGGUAGCAACUAAGGUUAUUUUUUCUCCAGAGUAGUAAAGUUAUGGGUUAUUUAGACCCGUAGUAGUAGUAGUAAUUAUGAGAAACUGUAUCUUAAGAUGAUAAACAAUCUCCUAUGUAAUAUAUAUGUCUUCCUAAAUGUAUUCGGUCUGUAAGCUCAGCCGAGGAUUACUAAGAUCAGGUGCAAAAAAUGCCUCAACUACAAGCUCAAUGACAUUCUGAAAACCUUCAUUUUUGUAAUGAAAGGUUCCAUCUGCAACUUGAGCCGAUUUCCUUAAAUCCACUUGGCUUUUAAUGAAGCGCUGAUUUAAGAAUUUCUGUGUUACUUCUUGCUAUAUAUGUUCAGUUGAAUUGAUGCUUCAUAAAA